AUGCGAACUUUCCUAUCAGUCGGGUCAGCUGUCCCUCGUAACUCUGGUAAACACAUUCUGAUACCCCUCUACAGGCAUGAUACAACGGCAAGCUCUAUAAGCUGGGCUAUAUAUCUCCUCUGCAAGAACCCUUCAGUGAGAGCUCGGCUCUACGCGGAGCUUAACGAAAACAGACCAUAUAAUGAGCUCAAUGUCUGUCAGAAGCUUGAGAGUCUCCCUCUAUUAAACGCAGUCUGCAACGAAACUUUACGUCUCUACCCCGCCCUCCCCAUCACCGUACGGGAGGCAGCCUGCCAAACCAUGGUUCUCGGUACUGUCGUACCAAAAGGCACCUGGGUCAUCAUGUCGCCUUGGGCCAUUAACCGCUCACGGGCGAUCUGGGGCGACCGCGCCAACGACUUCUGUCCAGACGCCUGGCUCACAACGGAGGAGGAGACUGGCAGAGUGCAUGUGAACAAUCAAGGCGGCGCCUCGCACGCCUUUAGCCAGAUGACCUUUUUGCACGGGCCGCGGAUCUGCAUUGGCGAGAAGUUCGCGAGGGCGGAGCUGCGAUGUCAAGUGGCUGCUAUGGUGCUUCACUUCGACUUUGAACUGCUGAAUCCUGACGAAGAUAAAGUACAUGCUGGCGUGUUCACUGCGAGGCCGAGCGGAGGGGUCAUUCUGAAGCUCAAGCAAAGACGUAAAGAAUGA